AAAAAUCUCAGUACAAUACCGACAUGAAAAAGAAUCUUCCGCAGAUAUCCGUCCAAAAAAAAGAUAAAGAUCUAUUUUGAUGCUUCACAAUUUCUCAUAUUUUCAUGUUGAGCAAAAACUUGUCACUCUAAAAUGGAGGUGUUUGUGUUUCCCACAGGAACAACAAUAAUCAUCUGUGUUCUGUCAGUUCUACUUGCUGUGCUUCCAUGGCAUCUGUUCAACAAUUUUUGGCUUAAGCCAAAGAGGUUAGAGAAGCUUCUCAAAGGUCAAGGUCUUCAAGGUGAACCAUAUAACCUUUCAGUAUUAAAGGACAAAUCAAAACAAAAUUAUAUGUUGAAGUUACAACAAGAAGAUAAAUCUAAAUCCAUUGGUCUCUCCAAAGAAGUUGCACCAUCUAUCUUCUCAACUCUUCAUGAAGCUGUCCACAAAUAUGGAAAGAAUUCCUUUUUAUGGGACGGUGCAACACCAAGUGUUAUCAUCACAGACCCUGAUCAAAUUAAGGAAAUCUUUAACAGGAUGGAGGACUUCCCCAAAUCAAAGUUCAGAUCCAUUUCCAAGUAUUUCGGUGUUGGUAUAGCACACCAAGAGGGUGAGAAAUGGGCUAAACAUCGAAAGAUAGUCAAUCCGGCAUUCCACAUAGAAAAAUUGAAAGGUAUGCUGCCUGCAUUUUCUCACAGUUGCAAUGAAAUGAUAAGCAAAUGGAAGGGAUUAUUGUCAUCAGAUGGAACAUGUGAGCUUGAUGUUUGGCCUUUCCUUCAGAAUUUGACCUGUGAUGUAAUUUCUAGAACAGCAUUUGGAAGCAGCUAUGCAGAAGGAGCAAAAAUAUUUCAACUUCUAAAGAAGCAGGGAUUUAUUUUGAUGACAGCACCACGCACGAACAUUCCAUUAUGGCGGCUUCUACCAACAACUGCCGAGAGGAGGAUGAAAGAGAUUGAAAGAGAUAUCCGUGAUUCACUUGAGGGAAUCAUUGAAAAACGAGAAGAAGCACUGAAGAAUGGUGAAGCCACCAAUGAUGAUUUAUUAGGCAUUCUUUUGCAAUCAAAUCAUGCCGAAAAACAAGGACAUGGAAAUAGUAAGAAUAUUGGGAUGACCACCCAUGAUGUGAUAGAUGAAUGCAAAUUGUUUUACCUUGCUGGGCAAGAGACCACUUCAAGUUUGCUGGUUUGGACAAUGGUGUUAUUAGGCAGGUAUCCUGAAUGGCAAGAACGUGCAAGGCAGGAAGUUUUGCAAGUUUUUGGGAACCAAAAUCCAAACAGCGAAGGAUUAAGUCAACUUAAAACUGUUACCAUGAUUUUGUACGAGGUACUAAGGUUAUACCCUCCUGUAAUUUACUUCAAUCGAGCUGUUCAAAAGGAUUUGAAACUUGGAAAACUUUUGCUGCCCACAGGAACAAAUGUUGCCCUACCAAUAGUAUUGAUUCACCAUGAUCAAGAUCUAUGGGGGGAUGAUGCAAAGGAGUUCAAACCCGAAAGGUUUGCUGAAGGAAUUGCGAAGGCAACAAAAGGACAAGUUUCUUAUUUCCCCUUUGGAUGGGGUCCUAGAAUUUGUCUUGGACAAAACUUUACCUUAUUAGAAGCAAAGAUAGCAAUAUCAUUGUUGCUGCAGAAUUUCUCAUUUGAACUUUCUCCUAAUUAUGCGCAUCUUCCUACCAUGGUGCUUACUUUGAUGCCAAAGAAUGGGGCAAUCAUCAUUUUGCAUAAACUGUAAGAGCAUGUCCAUUGGAGUCACUUAAUAUCUUAACUCUUUUAGGUGAUUUAUCUGGAAACAUGAAUUUAUUUAAAAUAGGACACUAUUGCUUUAUGUAAUAAACCACAGGGAUGAGUUUAUGAAUUUGGACAAAUUUUGCUCCAAUAUUGAUUUUGGUCUCCUGCUCUUGCCUAAAA